AUGCUUGUCACUGGCAGUUGUGGUCAUGCACACGGUAUUCUGGCGUUGAUGGACUGCUUGAGAGAUGCCGGCGUCACCGGACCCGAGGCAUGGAGUGAUGCUCCACCAAUGUCAGCUAGGCCAGCUACCGCGCAUCCUGGAGCCCUGGGAUCGCUUCAGGACUUCAGAGCAGAGCCUGUCAAGGUGAUACCGCAGCAGCCACAAGUCCGAAUGCCUCCAGGGCUCGGAGGUGACAUGAAGAAGAAGACGAACAUGGAAGCUUGGAUCAAGAAGCUCACAGACUCGCAGGAAGACCUGGGCUAUUCCCUCGAGAUCGCUUUGGCCGUCCUGAGCGUCAUCCAGCAAGGCGCUUCGUGGGCGCCACGCUCGCCUCCUUCAGUCCUUCCGACAUUCGCUCGGAACCCGCCGGCCAUGACCUUCUUCACGUACUCGCUCCCCAGCAGCUUCGAGGUGAAAGUCGGGCAGAAGGUAGAGGCGUGGCCGUCGGCAUCCGACCUCCGAGGCUGCCGUUUUGCCAUCGCUCCGAAGCUUCCGCCAGGGUUGAUGCUCGACGAGCAGAAAGGCCUGAUACGCGGCCGGCCCCAGCAUCCCACCCCAGGCCAA